AAUCUCUAGUGAGUGAGGCGAAGGGUUUACGGAAGAUUUUGCAGAAAGAAAAAGAGAGAGAGAUGAGUGCAAGGAGCAUCGCUUCUAGGUCAACCUCCAUCUUAAGAUCCGCUACCAGAAGAAGCUUGAUCUCACCACCUAGACCUAGAAUCUCCUCCCCAAACCCUAAUUCCUCGUCGUCCCCUCUUCGCCAGACUCGAAUCGAAUCUUCUUCCGUUCCCAGGUUUAUGGUGCGGAGAGAACUAAGCACGCAUCAGCCAUUUCACAGCGUCGUUGCUGCAGCUUGCCUCGUUUCCAAGCUCCCUUCUGAUCUCACCUCUUAUGAAGGUAGGUUUGCUAACUAUGUCAGUCCCAUCUAAGAGGCAGCACCACCUUCAAGUAUCUGGAUGGAUGUCUUUUUGCGCUAUGAUUGUUUUUUUUUCUUUUUAAGUUAAAAUUUGCCAACGGCUUUUGCAAUCUUUCAGUUUAGAUGGAACCCUGAUACAUGUUUUGGUAGAUGUUAUUCACUUCCUUUUCUUUGGGUUCUUAUCUUUAUUAGUCAAAUGGUUAUUGUCAUAAUGUAAGAUCAUUUCUCCUCGAUACAAAACUCUAUUUUAGUUACAA